AUGCUGUCGUGUGGAGAAUCGGGACCGAAAUACUAUUUUAAAGGGUAUGUGUCCGACGAGUUAAGCUUAAUAGCUAGGACCAGGAAUAAAAAUAAUGAAUGGGAAAAACAAUUAGAGGAUUUUUGUAUUGGAGGCAAUUUAGACAUAAGAUUGGAUGUCGAUAAGGAUUUUUAUUUCGUGUUUGACAUAGAUUUAAGCUAUUUCAACUAUAAGUUAAUGCUUAAAUACUAUGCAAAUGCAAUCUUCGGGUAUCUUGAUGGCAUGGGUGGUGAGAUUUUCUGUAAAUUUUUAUCUAAUUUUGAUUUUGUUUAUUCAUAUAAUAUCAAAGUAUUAGUUGGUGAAAUGGUAUUAGAUAGACGUGAUCUAUUAAAUUUAAAAAAGUUGUCCUGUGAAGAACGUAAGGAAAAAUUGUUGUUAAAAGAGGGAAGCUGCAGUACGAAACUAUCGUUUGAAUGUGCAUAUGCCUGUCUUGAAUGGAUUGAUAAGAUUUCUGAACAAGAUAGUCGUUACGAGAAAUACAUUGAAGAAAUUGAAGAAAGCGAAGGGUUAGAAAAGAUUUUGGUUUUUAUGUUUUUAAUAUCAAGGCAGGAGAUAUUUAAGCUUUUACUAGCACAUGUUCUUAGUAGUGAACCUAACUUUAAAAAAUCUCUGCUUGCCGAAGUUUUGUUCCAAUUAAAUGCUAUUGACGAAGAUACAAUGGAAAAUCUACUUCAAAGAAAGAAUUUAUUAAAUUUGCAGUCAUGGAAGGAAAAAAUUGAUGACGAGUUUUUAGCGCCUUUAUUAAGAUUGACUAAUAUGCUUCCGUUUCAUAGCACAUUAAUAAGAUAUUUAUUUGUAAUUUUGUUUGCAGAAAUGAAUUCGUUAGAAAAAGAUUGUAAAGAAGUAAAAGAUUUCUUAAGUACAUGCCACUCGGACUAUGAAAAACUUUCGGUAGGUUUUUUGAAAAGUUUAGAACUUCUUCAGCCAGAUCAUCCUUUAGUUAAGAAUUUUUCGGUGACGUCAUCCGGAAAAUUUUCCCUUUUACAUAAAAUUAUUUUAUUAACUUCUAGCGAUUACGAGCUAAGUUUUACGAAUUACGUUUACCAGCGAUUAAGUGUGCAGUGUAAAGAGAUAAUGAAUUUUUACGUGAAUCCCACGAGGCGGAUUAAAAGGAAAGAAAAGGAACAAAUUGCUGCUUUAUAUGAAAAAAUGAAGCUUAUUGUUGCAAAAAGCUUGGACGAGACGUCAUAA